UGAUGAUUACGUCAGAUGUUAUGACUGAGGUCUAUUUUUUGCCAGAUCACGGAAGUGCCGGCACUUUCCAUAGCCGUUCUGUGUUUACGGCGAUUUCGGAGUAGUUUUUGUGGGUUUUCUGUUCCGAUUUCCACUCGGAAAGAUGUCGGGGAGUCCGGUAAAGCUGUACGUGUAUGACCUAUCCAGGGGAAUGGCGAGGAGUAUGUCCCUGCCGCUGUUGGGAAGGCAGAUUGACGGCAUUUGGCACACAGCGAUCGUUGUAUUUGAGGAGGAGUUCUUUUUUGGAGGAGGAGGGAUAGAGUCGUGCGCUCCGGGUGGUACGAUCCUGGGACCCCCAGAUUCCGUGCAUGACCUCGGGGUCACACAGAUCACUCGCGAGAUCUUCAUGGACUACCUGUCGGAGCUGGGAUCUUCCUCAUUCAGCGGAGAGACGUACCACCUCCUGCAGCACAACUGUAACAACUUCAGCUCGGAGGUUGCCCAGUUCCUGACAGGGAACGAUGUCCCAGCUAACAUCACCAACCUGCCCAACGAGGUCCUGUCUACUCCCUUUGGGCAGAUGAUCCGGCCCAUGAUUGAGUCCAUGUCAGUGAGCCCGGGGGGAGGGCAGCCCGUGGGGGGUCCGCCAUCAUGGCGGGUACGGGAGCCGGCAAGCAGCUCACCGUGGACUCCGCAGAGCAACUCCAGACAGACUCAGUCAGCUCCACAGAGCAGCUCCGGGCAAACUCAGCCACAAUCAACUCCAGCAAAACACAGCGCAAGGAAAGGAGACAGAGAGGCUAUCAUUCUGAAAGAUGUGAAGGUAAGGAACAUUGCGAGACAUCAACACCUUAGCUAGCUUUCAUGUAGAUGU